GAGGGGGCCGUUCCAGGUCUCCACGUGGAGUCGGGCUGCGGUCUCUUUACGGCUUCAUUCCUGGCCUGGUGAAGGCCGUCUGGGAGGUCCUGCAGGGGGUGGAGGCGGUCUGGGGACCGCUGCGACGGAAGGCACGGAUUAAUUUAGCUGCGAUUGGUUCUGGAUGUGCCACCGUUCCAGGCGUCGUUUACAAACGUGCAUUAACGACAGUGAAUUAAACAAAAGAGAAAGCAGUGUGUGGAAAGGUCGUUAGAGUAUUGGUUAAGAUAAGGAGCAGGAAACUACAUCUCUAAACCUUUUCUUUAAAAAAAAAAGUAAUUAUAUCAGACAAAAACGAAUAUCUCUGUUGGAGUCAGGACACACCUCUCCAAAAUAUGACUGGAGGAGACCAGAAUAUGCCACCCCCAAAUAUACUCCUUUUGCUUAUAUAAAAUUGGUCAUACAACCACAACCUCUGAGGUCCCAGCAAGAGUCCUAGCAUCUAGCAGCUGUACCACCACAAAAGGCCCCCCCAAACUAAUUCCAACAAGCACAUCUAAAGGUAAAAAGAUACCUUUUAUAGCUCUGUAUUUGGAGUUUGGGGCAUAAGGGGCAUACUUUAUGCUUUCGCAGAAGUAAUUUUCUGGGCUAGAACUGAUUACUAAGAAACAAACUGGCCCAAUUAUGUACCAAUGGAUUAAAAUGACCAGGACUCUCCUUCCUGAUUUUGUGAUUGUAAGAGCCACUCCCAAUGGGAGAAUCAGCCUGAGUCUAUGAGAUAGAGAGAGGAAAGUCUGUAAGGCUUCCCACUCAGCAUCCAUGUUCUUGGAUACCCUAAAGUUAGAUGGACAGUAAUGUUACCUAGUGCUUUCAGGCUUUAAUAUCAUGUCUCUAGUGUUCUCAUUCGCAGGUUAAGACUACCUUUCCAGAUAAGUCCAGCAGCUAAUUCACGUUUCCAAGGACAUUUGCAUCACCUAUGGAAAACAUCAGAUUCUUGCACACCAGAUGUCCUUGACAGCUCAUCUCAUCAUCCCCCUGCAUAAAAGUUGCUGCACCAGCAGACAGCCAAGGCAACUACUGAGCUUCUUUCCAUUACCAAGUAGAUAUAAUAUCACUGCCAACAAAAAAGACUGCACAAAGUCUCUCUUCACAAUAUCACUACCAGUUGAGACCAUGCUAAGAAAAUCAGCUUACCUAAAUGAGGACCCCUUCUCUUCUUGGGUAGCCAGGAUUUGAAGGAGAUACUCUGUGACCUGUGCCACUGGUAAGUGACUAACACUUUUACACACUGAACUGGUCCUGAGAACUGAAACGUCUUCUUUGUAAGUGAAGAAUAUACAGCAUAAUCUUGAAGAACUGCACAGUGGUGUGGGCCAGAGUAUACUUUGUGUGUGUAGUGGACUGAGACAGACAAAUUAAUCUUGGUGAAAGGAUUUUUCGUCUCUUGUUGCUAUUCGCCAAUGUUAGUCAGUGUUCUGCUGGCUUAGAUUGUUACCUUUUUCUGGUUCCUUACUCUGUUUUAUUCUAAUGGGUCCCAGAAAUCCCUCUCCUGACCCCUUAUCAGAAUCAGAAAGUGAGGAAGAAGAAAACACUAGCUACCUAAAUGAGAGUUCUGGGGAAGAGUGGGAUUCCUCUGAAGAGGAGGACCCCAUGGUGCCCAACUUAACACCUCUUGAGAGUCUUGCCUGGCAGGUUAAGUGCCUUUUAAAAUAUUCUACAACCUGGAAACCUUUAAAUCCUAAUUCCUGGUUAUAUCAUGCUAAACUCUUAGAUCCAAGCACACCUGUCCAUAUACUUCGAGAGAUAGGUCUAAGACUCUCCCAUUGCUCCCAUUGUGUCCCCAAACUGGAACCAAUUCCUGAAUGGCCCCCUCUGGCCUCUUGUGGAGUCCCACCUUUUCAAAAGCCCCUUACAAGUCCCAGCCGGCUCUCUCGAGAUCAUGCCACUCUAAAUGGAGCACUGCAAUUUGCCACCAAACAGUUAAGCCGAACAUUGAGUAGAGCCACUCCCAUACCUGAAUACCUAAAACAGAUCCCUAAUUCGUGUGUUUCUGGUUGUUGCUGUGGCUGGCUAACUAAAACAGUUAAGGAAACAACCCGCACUGAACCCAUCAACACUACUUACUCCUACACGGACUUCCAAAAGGCAGUUAACAAACUCCUAACUGCAUCACUAUAAAUUUCCACCAUUUGCUCUCAUAUUUGUGAUGUUUCUAAUUGAGAAAGCAGUACAGAUUUAAUCAUUACACAGCCCACAGUUGAGAAACUAUUGUCUUCUCAACCAAUCUGUGCCAUGCCCUGGCAAGCCAAAGUACUAUCAAGCACCAAAUAUAUACCCACGGGUCCUAUAACUCUGCUACAGAAAAUGUGUAUUGUGCACAUACCCUUUGACAAACUCUGUAGAUAAAAUGAAAAUUUCAAUGGAAAAUUAGCCAAAAGAAACCAUAUUACAAAAGAUAAGUUGAAUAUUCUCCACAUUCAGUUCUCUCCUGCCACUCCCCCAACCCCCAGUUCACUCUGUUUAUCUGAAGAGACUUUAACUAGACAACUGAUUUUUAAUGGGAAGUAAAAAGUAGACCACCACCCAUUUUGUUACCUAACACUCAGAAUAGCCAUGUGGAGAGCAAGAAGUUGGCUACCCCCAAUACCUUUCUCAGCUUACUCUUCUCUGACAUUCUU